UCUCCAUCAUCCUCACCUUGGCUCCCUAAAUCUGGUCUGGGCCCUCCCCUCCCCUCUGAGGCGAAGGAAAAGGCAAAAGCAAUCCGUUUCGGCCAUUUAAUCAUCUGGCCUGCAGCCACCGGGCCAGCAGGAUGAACUGCCGCUCAAACUCUUGCGUCAGUGGCAUUUCCCCAACCUUAGCAUCGACGGCAUCUCGAAAGGAGAGGGUUCCUGAACAAAAAGAAGAUUGAAUGGAUUGGACGACACUUCGGUAACCGCAUGUUGGCCGACGGCGACUAACAACGUCCUCCAACGUCUUUCCUUUCUAUUCUUUUUCCCGAGCGAACGCCACCACCACUCGGGGCUCCGACGCCGCCGACCGGCGAUCCAGUCCCGCCAUGGACCCUCAAAGCCAAACGCUGGCGCCACUCCCCGACGUCCUUCGUCGGGGCCUCACGGCCGUCUCCUUCUUCGGCUUCCUCUCUUUUGUCACGACGACGGCGCUCUUCUUCGUCCUGACGUACAGGUUGCUCUCGUGGUACUUCGCACCGGCCCCCGGGCGGCCGCAGCGCAUGGCGGACGAGCCCAACGCCGACGCCGUUCUGGCCGAGGAGAUGGGCCUCCCGGAGACCAUGUAUUCCGCAGGCGGCAAGACGAGCGAUAGCAGGACGAAACGGGACGCCCCCAACCAGUUUCUCAUGCUCAUCUACAACCUCCUCCUGGCCGACAUCCAGCAGGCCCUCGCCUUCCUCCUCAAUGCGUCCUGGCUGAGCAGAAACUCCAUUGUCGUCGAGAGCACAACCUGCUGGGCCCAGGGCUGGUUCAUCUCGACGGGCGACCUGGCGUCCAGCGCCUUCAUUACUACCAUCGCCGUGCACACGUAUCUGUCUGUCGUGCGGGACUACAAGCUACCCACGUGGGCCUUCUGGACCAUGAUCGGCUCCGUGUGGUUCUUCAUCUACGCCCUUGCGGUAGCCGGCAUCAUCAUCACCAAUAACGGAGCGGCCGACGGCGGUCUGUACGUCCGCGCCGCUGCUUGGUGCUGGGUUAAUGUCCGCUACGAGGCGAUGCGUCUCUACCUUCACUACCUGUGGAUGUUCGUAUCCUUCUUCAUCACCGCCGCCCUCUACGUCCUCAUCUUCAACCACAUCCGCCGCACCAAUCCCGCUCUUCAACUCCCGUCUUCCUCCAACAACACCACCUCCUCGGCUUCCAAGAGCAAUCGCGGUCGCAGGCUGAGCCACGCACAUACCCUCUCACAGUCGGGACACCAAAAGAGCUCGCAUGGAGAGGCCCCAGCGGCGAACCCGAGCAGCGCCGGACACCACCCGGCCUUCCUCAUCUAUCCCAUAAUCUACAUUCUCUGCACGGCACCCCUGGCCCUGGGUCGUGUCAUCACGAUGGCCGGGAAGCAGGUCUCGCUCGAGUACUUCUGCCUCGCCGGCGCCAUGAUUGCAUCCAACGGCUGGCUCGACGUGCUCCUCUUUUCCACCACCCGCCACGUCAUCAUUUUCAACGCGUCGCCAGACUACGAGGAGACGGGCCUCGAGACCUUCGCCUUCAUGCGCACGCCGGCCAACCGCCGCUACGGAAACAUGGUCUGGGUCCAGGGCGCCGGGAGCGCCCCGCAGAACCUCACGGCGGACGAGGGCACCGGCGGCUGGCUCUCCAAGCUGUUCCGCGGGGGGCGCCGCCACGGGGCUGAUACGAAACGAGACCGCCACCGCAGCGGCGCCCAUCGGAGUAUCAGCCAGGAGUCUCUGCGGAGGCGCGGUGGAAACAUGGAGGGCAUCCAGAUGGAAACGGUGACCACGGUGGUUGUGGAGAUGGACGGCCAGCCCGGGGGGAAGAAAGCGGCUGGCAGGCCGCACUCUGUUGACACCAUCGAGAAAGAACGGGCGCAGAGCUUUGGAAGCAUAUGAGGCAUUCGUGUUCCAGUGCAAAGGUCUGGGACAUGGUUGACCCAUCUCGAGACUUUGGAACAGGAGCCUGGGAGAAAACUUGGAGUCACAGCCAGGCCCUUUUGCCUGAUGGCGGUCGAGACCAACACCGCAGGCCUUCGAUCACUUUUUUUCUUUCCUUCUUUGUCAAUAUGUUUGUAUACUUAUUCAAGGUAACGUUCUUACGCGGAUAGAUAGCGAGCAUCUGGGAGGUCACCUGUAUUAGUUAUACCCAAUAAAUAAUGUCGU